AUGUCAGUGGAAGAUUCACAUAAGCACACUAAUCACACAAUUUACUAGUACUAAAAGGUCAGGAAUCAUCAGAAGCUGCGACUACUAGCACUGGUACUAGUCCAUUUUUGUACUAGUGCUAAUCAUGAAAAAUAAUACGUCUAGUACCUUGGUCAUGUCUUCUUUCUUAACUCUGAGAUGCGGUGCUCCUGACGUAGCUACCUCUGGUCUCAUUUCCUCCAUCCCAACCACUGAACUUGUAUUUGUAAUAUCCAUUUUCGUAUUUUUCCUUCAAACCCAAUCCAAAAGAAGUAGCAAAACAAAAUCUAGCUCUCUUCCACUACCACCUGGACCGGCUGUCUCGUGGCCGAUCAUUGGUAAUAUCCCAGACUUGUUUCACAAAAAGCCCGCAUUUCGAUGGAUAGACAAACUCAUGAAGGACAUGAAUACCGAUAUUUUAAGUGUUCGUCUAGGAAAUGUCCAUAUAAUUCCAGUGACUUCACCUGAGAUUGCUAGAGAAUUUUUGAAGAAACAAGAUGCUACAUUUGCGACAAGGCCUAUCACAAUGGGUACGGAGUAUUCCAGCCGUGGGUUCUUAUCAGUUGCCGUUGCACCAUUAGGAGAUCAAUGGAAGAAGAUGAGAAGAGUGGUGGCUUCUGAACUUAUGUCCCCUUCCAGACUCAGAUGGCUUCUUGACAAGAGAUCAGAGGAAGCCGACAACCUUGUUCGAUACAUCUACAACCAAUGCAUUGAUAACAGCACUACUAAUUAUGUUGGUGGAGUUGUGAACAUAAGGACAGUAUCUAGAAUGUAUAGUGGAAAUGUUAUAAGAAAAUUGAUGUUCAAUAUGAGGUAUUUUGGUAUAGGAAGAAAAGAUGGAGGUCCUGGUGUCGAAGAAGAAGAAUACGUACAAGCAUUAUUCAAUGUUCUAUCUCUACUCUAUGCAUUCAGUGUAGCAGAUUUUAUGCCUAUUAUAAGAUGGUUAGAUUUAGAUGGUCAUGAAAAGCUCAUGAAGAAAGCAUCAAAGAUUGUUAACAGUUACCAUGAUCCUGUUAUUGAUGAGAGAAUCAAGCAAUGGAGAUCAGCUGAUGGUGAUAGAUUCAUCAACAAGAAACAACCACAUGAUCUCCUUGACGUUCUCAUUUGUCUCAAGGAUGCCAAUGGGAACCCUUUGCUAUCGACUGAGGAAAUCAAAGCUCAAUCAGCGGAUUUGAUAUAUGCAUCAGUAGACAAUCCAUCAAAUGCAGUUGAGUGGGCACUGGCAGAGAUGAUCAACCAACCUGAAAUGCUUCAAAAAGCGGCGGAAGAAAUCGACAGGGUUGUCGGGAAAGACAGACUUGUGCAAGAAUCAGAUUUUCCGCGUCUAAAUUACGUCAAGUCAUGUGCUAGAGAAGCAUUCCGUCUACACCCAAUUGCUCCAUUCAACCUACCACACGUCGCAAUAUCAGAUGCAGUCGUGGCCGGGUAUUUCAUCCCAAAGGGAAGUCAGGUACUUCUAAGUCGCCCAGGACUUGGCCGUAAUGCUAAAGUGUGGGAUGAACCGCUGAAGUUUAAACCCGAGAGGCAUUUGGAUGGCUCGGGUGAACAGGUGGGAGCUGGUGAGAACGAUCUUUCGUUUUUUUCUUUUAGCACUGGACGGCGUGGAUGCAUGGGUGUCCCGCUUGGGACGUCAAUGACAGUGAUGUUAUUGGCUAGGCUUCUUCAAGGAUUCAGCUGGAGUGCACCACCAGGAGAGUCAAUCGGACUCAGUGAGUCGUGUCAUGAUCUGUUCUUGGCUAAACCACUUUGUGCUCUUGCCAAGCCACGGCUGCCCAUGCACCUUUACCCGACUGUUUAAUAGUUUCUUCUCAUGUUCAUGAUAAAAGAUAUUUUAAAUUAUUUAGCAUAAAUAAUUGAUUUACCUUAAAACAAAUUAUUUUCAAAGAAUGGAAAAAAAGAAACAAGAAGGAUUUUAAAAAAUAAAAAAAGGAAGUAUUCUCAUUUGGUUUUUGCUUUAAGAAAAGAAAAAGGGAAUUAUUCAGUUUUUUUUUUCUCGUAAUUGUUUUUUUUUAUAAUUUUUUGUAUCUUCUUGUUAAAAAUUCAUAAGGAUGCACUGUAAUUGGUUGGUUGAGUUUUGGAGAGAUUAUUGAUUGCUUAUUUAUUUUUGUUU